AAAGGCGUUCGUGGGAGGAAGCACGCUUGCACGAACGCUGUCCGGAUUCACGGAUUUCAGUUGCGGAAGAGCAGAGAGGAGAAAAAAUAAGGAUUUUACACGAGUAUACAUCGUGUGUACGAUUUUAUUCUGUGAGAACGGGAAGAUUUUUUACAAAGAUGUUAGUCAAAGGAUUAAGACUCCUACAUAAGCCUACCAGGCGUGUGAUCUGUUCGCCUAACAUCGCUAAGCUCUCAUCACAGCCAAAUCCUGAAAAUGCUGAGAUUGCAGAGGAGCGCGAUUUCAAGUGGCUGUGGCCUGCCUAUCGAGAGGUGGAGAUGCUCAAAGCAGGUCACGACAUCGGCUGCAAGCACACAGGCGGACGCUACAGAUACAACACUGUCAAGCCCUUGAACCCUGGACACGUUGAACAGGCCCUGAGGCACUAUCAGAGGAAAAUCGACAACUGCCGGUGCUUCUUAAAAGAACGCGACGGGAAAUUGUGGGUUUGUGAGGACGCGAAUCCAGAAAUCGACUUUGAGUACCUAGAGGGAGCCGAAAGCAGCGCCGUCAUCAAGCAGCUUACAAGUGAACCUUUCUCCGCUGACAGCACGCCCACCUGGAAAGCGAGACUCGUCCCUGUGCCCGACGAUGCCCCUUGCCCUAUGCCCGAAAUAAAGGCAGCUUUCCCCUACCAGUACGACCUCGUCAUGAUGCCCCACCACUCCUUCAUUGACGGGGUCACAAUGGCCAUAAUCACCGGAAAACUCGUGGGCCUGCUCAACGACGUCAUAGCUGGACGACCCAUCGACGACGAGCCUUUCGGCGUCUACCUGAACAACGAGGAAAUUGUCAAGAUCGAUGAACAGAUCGUGAAGGACUUUCAAAAGGAACCUGAGAAAGUCGAAGCGAUGAAGCGAGAGAUUCUGGCCUGCGACACCCCGCCCCUCCUGUGCAAGGCCUUCCCGCCCCCCGGAGGGAAGCCAGCAACCGACUUCGUCUACCGGAACGUCGACCAGACAUCCCUGGCUUCAUUCACGGCGAAGUGCAAAGCCAAUGGUGUCACGUUCAACAGCGGACUGGAGGCUGUGAUUAACGUGGCUAUCAUCGAGAUGGCGAGGGAGGCGGGGGUGGAGGGGGAGUCUCACCACAUGAGCAUCAAUCUAGCGACGGAUCUGAGACGCUACAUGAAGCGCCGUUCCCUCCCGAUCCUCGGUAUGCACGUCCGCCCUACUGUGCACAGGAUAGAGACGCCCUUCGACGUCCGGGACAACUUCUGGGACUACACCAAGAGGCUCCACCAGAGGCUCUCGGUUCUCCUGAAGUCCGGCGAGGCCCUUCAGCAGAACGUGGUGAGGGAGAUGACCAUGCCGCAGCUCUCCCCAGUAGAACACCACGCAGAAGGACCCAAACCCCUGCGUGACUACGGCGUCACCAACAUCGGAGAUCUCACAGCUGUCAUUCCAGGCGUCGGGGAGCACCUCCAGCAGACGGACCUCGCCAUGUUCAACUGCACGCACUACUCUGGGUUCCCAAUGCUUCACCAGAUCUACACCUUCCGAGGACAUUCGCCCUACACGCUCAGCUACGACACCUCCUACAUAGCGAGGGAGACCGCCGUUACGCUCACAGACAGGGUCCUGAUGCUUAUGCACGAACUUGGGACAUCUUCCUAAAAGAAUUAAGAACAAGAAGUGAUACUCGAUGACUGUAAUAACUGAUCAGCUUGUUUAUAUACUAAAAAAAGAAAAAGGUUCCAACUCACUCAUCCAUGAGUUAUAACAAGCUUUUCAGGAAAGCUUGUUAUAAUGUAAAAAACAAAUAAAUAAACAAAUAAAAGAUGUGGAACGACAGAGAAAAGGGAAUAAGGUAAAUACUCGUAGGUCUUUGAAACUGUGAACAAAGAGGCGGCAAGACGCUAAAUGCUAUAGUAUUUUCUAACACCAAGACGUCACUUUUGAUCUUCUUCACGAUGUUUGUUACGUGAAGUAUGAAUUCCAGCCUCAUUUUAUAUUAAUUCAUCACACUAACCUAUAUCGUGAAAUUGCAGAAAUUCACCUCAAUUUAACCGAAUCUACUUCUAAAUGUUCGCGGUGAAAAUUUACCAUUGUUUAAAUUUACCUUUAGAUUUAGUGACAUUAUAUGUAAUAUAUAUUUUUCGACUUCGGCAUUUGCACAAUGUCGAUAUAUUCUUGACUCAUCCUGAUUUUCUUGUUGACAUAGACUAACAAUUGACGAAAUUGUUUUAUUUUUUUUUUCUCAGAAAACAUAAUCACAUGCGAUGUUUAUGCGUAUAAGAUAUUAAUUCCAGAAAGAUAUUUAUUAAUAAUAUAUAAAAUUAAUCUGUACAUCCAGUUGUGUUUAUGGUCUUCCCUCCUUUGAUAUAGAGAAGGGGAAAUAGCAAACGAAAGAUAAAAAUUUAUGCAUGAAAUCGAAUAAACGAAUAGAUAUAA